AUGCGCAUGCAACAUUACGCGGUGUUUCUGCAAGCUUUUAAUUUUGAAAUUAAAUAUAGAAAAUCAGCGGAUCAUGGAAACGCGGACGGUUUCUCGCGAUUACCCGUAGCGGAGAAACGUUUAGGAGAAUAUGGUCCUAUAGAUUUGUUUCAGAUUGAAAAUGUAGAAACCUUACCAGUAACAGCAAAAGAAAUACGGGUAGAAACCCGUAAAGAUAAAACAUUAUUGAAAAUAAUAGAAGCAUUAGAACAAGGGAAAAGCCUUGUACCUUUAGGAUAUAAAGACAAUGAAUUCGCAUUACAAAAUGGAAUUAUACUCAGAAAAGAAAGAGUGAUAAUUCCAGAAUCCCUUAAGGGGCGUAUUUUGAAAGAAUUGCACGCAGGCCAUUUCGGCUGCGUAAAAAUGAAAAAUUUGAGCAGAAAUUUUUGCUGGUGGCUCGGAAUAGAUAAAGAUAUUGAGACGCUAGUUAAAAAUUGUAAAGCGUGUAAUACUUUUAGUAAUAAUCCUAGUAGUAAAAUUAAACAUCGUUGGGAACCAGCGGCGGAACCGUUCCAACGUGUGCAUGUAGACUUUGCGGGACCAUUUAUGAGUCACAACUUUUUGAUUCUGGUAGAUGCUUUUACGCGAUGGCCAGAGGUGCAUUUAAUAAAAAGUAUAAAUGCAGAGAAAACAAUAGAGAAAUGUCGAAAAAUAUUUACUACGUUUGGAUUACCGCAAGUGCUAGUAUCUGAUAAUGGUCGUACAUUUGUAUCAAAAGAAUUUAAGUUUUUUUUAGAACAAAAUGGCAUUUUUCAUAGGUGCACGGCACCUUAUAACCUGGCUACAAAUGGGUUAGCAGAGCGUUUUGUGCAAACAAUGAAACAAGGUUUGCGAAAAUUAGGUGCGACCGAAAAAAAUGUUAAAGUAAAUUUACAAAAAUUUUUAUUCUAUUAUCGUUUAUUGGCACAUCCGGAGUCAGGAAAAUCGCCAGCCGAAUUAAUGUUUGGCAGAAGCUUAAACAGUAGACUAAAUUUAAUAUUCCCUAAGACUGAAUUAGAAGUUAAGAGCGAUAGAGGUAAUUUUUUAAAUGUUAAACAAUUUAAGGUAGGAGAGAGCGUUGCCGUACGCGAAUACUUGAAUAAAAAUAUUAAGUGGCGAUUCGGAUUCGUAAUCGAAAAGUUAGGAAAAUUGCAUUAUAAUAUUAGGUUGCAAGACGGCACGAUUUGGAAACGACAUGUUAAUCAAAUGCGUGCAAUAGGACCAGAAAUCGUGGAGAGCAGUCAGGCACAAGUGUUAGAUUGUGGCCCGAGUGGAAUUACGAAUACGAAUAUUAAUCACGAAGUUAUGAACAAAACAUGCGAACAAGCUCCCACGUCACCAGAGAAAGAGAAACCGUCGAAUAUCUUCUCACAGAGUCCUGAUCAUAAAGCGGUACAGGAGAUACCGCCGGACUCCGAUGAGGAAGAGCAGGCACCAGAUGAGACUCUGAUGUACCAGCGUUGGUAG